CAGCAUGCUGACCACGCUGUGUGCAGAGAUUAUAAAUACAUGUGAUCAGCUGCUGCACAGGCUUCUUCAUCUCUGUCUUCAUCUUCAGAGUCUUCCCUAUCACAGUCUAUCUACAUCCUCAUCUUCGCUGCUGCUUCAGCUAGAGCCCCGUUGGUCAGGAUGAGUCCGAAACACGUCGUCUUUAAGAAGGUGUCCAGAGACAAGUCGGUGGCCGUCUACAUGGCCAAGAGAGAUUUUGUGGAUCAUUGUGACUUUGUGGAUCCAGUUGAUGGCGUUAUCGUGAUUGACCCAGUGCAGCUGAAAGGAAAGAAAGUUUACGUGAUGCUGUCAUGCACAUUUCGAUAUGGUCGCCAGGAUAUGGAUGUGAUGGGCGUGGCCUUCAGGAGGGACCUGUUUGUGGUGACCCGCCAGGUUUACCCAGAGAUGCAGGACAAAGACAAGCUGACCCACACCAGGGUCCAGCAAAAGCUGCUGCACAAACUGGGUGACAACACCUAUCCUUUCUUCUUCGAGUUUCCAGACAACCUGCCAUGUUCUGUGAGUCUACAGCCCGGUCCGAAUGAUGUGGGAAAGAAAUGUGCGGUGGAGUUCGAGGUGAAGGCGUUCUGUGGGGAGGAUCAGGACGAGAAGGUCAACAAACAGAGCUCAGUUCGUCUCACCAUCCGAAAGAUCCAGUUCAGUCCAGAAAACACUGAAGUAGCUCCAUUUGCAGACAUGACCUUCGAGUUCCUGAUGUCAGAAAAACCGCUACAUGUGAAGCUCAGCCUGCCCAAAGAGACGUUUUACCAUGGUGAGCCGGUCAAAGCUAACGUUGAAAUCACCAACUCAUCCAGCAGGAACAUCAAAGACAUCAGUUUGUCAGUUGAGCAGGUGACCAAUGUGGUGCUUUACUCUAAUGACAAAUAUGUGAAAUCCGUGGCCAAAGAAGAGACUGAUGAUUCGGUUCCCUCCGGUACCACAUUGAAGAAGGAGUACACUCUGUACCCUCUGCUGGCGUACAACAAGGACCGCAGAGGAAUUGCUCUAGAUGGACGACUCAAACAUGAAGACACCAACCUGGCUUCGUCCAGCAUUGUGAAGCAGGAGGUGCUGAAGGAGGUCCAGGGGAUGCUGAUCUCCUACAAGGUGGUACUGAAGAUGAUGGCAUCUGGGAUGGUGGGAUCCAGUGAGGUCUCUGUGGAAGUUCCCUUCAAACUGAUGAAUCCAAAAUCAGAACCAGCCAAGGACAGUGAACCUGACGACAUGGUGUUUGAAGACUUUAAACGGGCUUACCUAAAGGGUGUGGUCUACGGAGAUGACGAUGAGUCUCCAGCUGAGGCCUAAACUACAAAGAUGGCCGCCGGCAUCGACAGUUCAGUUCUCCACCUGCAGAUCAAUAGUCCUUCAGGACAGAGGAGCCAUCAGAGGAACCUCAGAUGAUAACUCUGAAUGUUUCUUGUGAAGUUCUCAGAGUCAGAUAGUACCUGUAGUUGUUUACUUCUGACACUUCCUCUGAUGGUGAAAGUGGAGAUGUUGUAGCUCAAGUCUGUAGAAAUGUUUCUGUAGCUUCUAGUGAGUCAGUAACAAACCACAGAGUUCAGAUUGGAGAUUCACAAAUUAAAGAACUUCUUAAACCCAAAA